GAAAUCACGUGUGCACCCCCGGAAGAGGCGGGACUGAGCUGGUGACAUCAAGGACUGCUGAGGGAAGAAGGUGGAGAGUGGUAGCGGUGGAAUCAGAUGGAACUUUAACCAAUAACACGUUGGAGAUAUUUCAUAAUCCUGUCGUAAAAGAUGGAGGAUAAAGUUGAUCACGAUGGGCUACGUAAUAAGCGGCGUGUGAGGAAAAGGCGGCCUGCUAGGAAAGCAUCUGCUGAAAGAGAAACCACCUCCCGUGGCACCGUAACUGCACCCGGCCACCGGGUGAAAGAAGAAGUGUCCUCUGGGGAAGAAGACGCUUACGGGAAAGGAGAAGAUGUGUCCUACAGGGAAGUAGACACAUCUGGGAACGGAGAAGAACAUGUGUCCUCCAGGGAAUCCGAUACGUCUGGGAAAGGAGGAGAACAUGUGUCCUCCAGGGAAUCCGAUGCGUCUGGGAAAGGAGAAGAACGUGUGUCCUCCAGGGAAUCCGAUGCGUCUGGGAAAGGAGAAGAACAUGUGUCCUCCGGAGAAGACGACGCAACUUCUGGGGGUAAAGAUCUGGGGAAUACGAAGACUGUUCUCGUCCAAAACCCUCCUGUGACUCGGCACAAACAGAAACGUCGCACGUCCAAGUUUGCCGUAGUCCGAUCCAAAGAGAUCUCGGAGGACCUCCGGAAACAAGUGGUUGAAGCUCAUAAUAGUGGUAAAGGUUACAAAAAGAUUGCCAAAAACUUGGAAAUGAACCUGUCCACAGUCAAAGGGAUCAUUUCCAAAUGGAAAAAAUUCAGCACGGUGGCCACUCUUCCUAGGAGCGGGCGUCCUACAAAGAUCAGCGCACAGGCACGCAACACAAUCCUCAAACACAUAAGGGACAACACUAGGGUGACGGCAAAAGACCUGAAGGCAUCUCUGGCACUUGCUAACAUCAACGUUCAUGAGUCUACUAUUAGGAAAACGCUGAACAAGUGGUGUUCGAGGGACUUUACCAUGGAGGAGGAGGACACUGCUGUUCAACAAGAAAAAUGAGGGCCUGCCUCAGUUUUUCUGAAGACCACCUGGGUCUUUCACAGCCCUAAUGGAACAAUUUUCUACAUUAAGCUGUUUUUUAACAUAUGUAUAGCAUAUAGAACACCAAAUAUUCACCCAAACUGUGAAGCAUGGUGGAGGAAGCUUCAUAGAUUUGUUGCCUCAUAGCACUGAUCUGUUGAGGGACCAAUGAAAGUUGUAUUGUAUCGUCAUGUUCUUCUGCAGAAUGUCUCGGUAUCUGCAGAGGAUCUGCAUUGAUAGUGAUUCAAAACACAAGAAAAUUUAAAGAAGACAUAAUCCCUAAGACCCCU